GCUGCUGCGACGGGUCUGUGGCUGAAGACUUGGGCUGGGUUUCUAUAUAAAAGGAUCGUCGCGAAUCUUGGUGAGAAGGAGAGUGAAUCAACGCUCGACACCAUGAAGACUCUCGUUCUGCUGUUCGCCGUUCUCGCCGUAGCAUACGGCUCACAGUACGUUGGCCAACAACAGCAUAGGCCUGUGACUCUGCCUGGACAACGACCCCAUGCUGUCCCUAGCCCUCGCCGUCAUACUAUCCCUCCUCGCCGUCUGCACGGCGGAGUCCACGAUAAUGAAUGGAACCAGGGCAAAUGGAACAAUGGUCACAACCGCCCCGCUGGAGGACAGACGAGACCCCAGAUCCCCAAUCACCAAGGAGAAAAAUGGAACCAACACAACGGCAACAUCCAGAAUCGCCCAGCAGGUGGACACGCCAGGCCCGCUGUGCCAUCCUACUCUAACGGAAAAUAAGCAGAGUUUUUCCUAUUUAUAUAUAUAUAUAUAUAUGUGAUCUAAAUAUUUUGGAACUCAGUGAGCAUUUCUGUACUUAACGCAGUCGUCCAGGACUUUAAACCUUUUUGAUUAAAUAUGUGAUUAUCGGUCUUAGCAAAUUGUGAUAAAAAUAAUUUAAUAAAAACACUCUUUUGAUUCCAGCUUAAA